AUAUAUAUAUUGAUAUAUGAAAAGAUAUUGCCGAGAAGAUUUGAUAGAGUUAUAAACCAAAUUAAACACCUCUGUCAACUGAACGGCUAAGACUCAGGCGGUGGUUUUGUCCUUUCAUUUUCCGAAGCACUACUAUUAUUGGGUGAAAAUGGAAAAGGGAGGAAAAGGGUAUUCACUUCCCAGUAAAGGGCUCAAAUCUUCUCUCAAGUCCACUCCUGCUAAUGAUGCGUCAAUAAAAGGGAAAGAUGACAGCUCUGCAAAGUCAAAGAGAGGAAGGAAAGUUCAGUUCAAUUCUGAAGCUGACAAAUUUGAUUUCUUAUCAAAAUCUAAUGGAAAGUUGGAUGCCCCAGCUGCUAAAGGUAAUUUGAGCAAAGGGGGUAAAGGUGACAGGAUUUCAAAUAUUGGGAAGGCGCCUUCGACUAAAGAACCACAACCACUUGAACUGAAAGUUGAGCAGGAAAUUCCUAAGAAUGCCAAAUGUUUGAUGCACUGUGAGGCUUCACAAAUCUUGCAUGGAAUUCAGGGGCAGAUGGUUCUACUAUCUCGAGAUCCCACAGUCAAACUUCCAGUGUCAUUUGACAAGGCCCUGCAUUAUGCAAAGACUGGUGCUCGUUAUACAAAUCCCCAAUCUGUCAGACAAGUUCUUGAGAGCCUUAAAAAGCAUGGUGUCUCUGAUGGGGAGAUAUGUGUGCUAGCUAACGUUUGUCCUGAAAGUGUUGAUGAAGUUUUUGCACUAAUCCCAUCCUUGAAGUCAAAGAAAAACAUGCUUACAGAGCCUGUCAAAGGUGUUUUGGAUGAGCUUGCUAAUCUGAAACAGCAGGAAUGAUUCCCAUCAAGGAUGAAUAAUACAAGAUUGUGCCGUAUGGACAGGGCUUGUGCAUUAUAGGUUCACAAAAUGGGAAGCAAAUAGCCAAUCUUUUUGUUACUUGUUCUGAUGGUGAUUGGCAUUUGUAUGAACCCUAAACUCCCUACUUUUUCUGCUCCUCAUGUAAUUUGUUGAGACUGAUGCAAUACCUUUCUAUAACGUAUUAGCGCAAUAACUUAUUGGUGAAUGGAAAAUGAUUGUGUAUUUAUUGUAGUUA